AUGAAUUAAGCUGAUCAAAGUCAAUAAAGCCAAGACAGUUAAUCCACCAUGUUCUCUUAUGAUCCUAAACUAUUCUCGCUUCUGCAAAAAGCCUUGUUGCUUGUGUCAAAAUAGAAGUAAGCAAUCAAAUAACACAAUAGACCUCAAAAUCCUAUUAAGUUUGUGGCUGAUUAUAUGAAACAAAAUCGUGAUGAUGAUUUCUGA